AAACAAAUCCUAGUAAUAGUUUCGCCAGUCUGCAGAUGGUUAUUACAAAUAGCAGUAAGUAGUAACCUCUCAAAGAAUACAUGAUCGUUUAGCGAUGGGUGCGAUCUCCAACUAUGUGGCGUUUAAACGGUCCUCGGGCAUCGCGCCACCGGCGGCGUUUAUCUUUUUCGUGCUGAUAUUUGUCGCCGGUGCAAUCGUCACGCUUGAUCAUAAGGAGAAUCUGCCAAUAUUACAGUUGCAACCGAAAGCAGUGAUUGCAACUGAGGCGACCAGGCCUCCGACGAGCGAGCUGGGCGUCGAGCCAACGGAAGAUCCCAACCUCUGUGAGAAUCGAUGCAGGCCUUCAGGCAGCGAACCCUUGCCGAGGGGCAUCGUGCAAGACAAGUCCAACUUCGAGAUGGAGCCACCGGUCGGCAAUCAUGAAAGGAAGGAGGACGGCGGGCCGUCGAAAAGCCUCCUCGCCAUCCCCGUCGGAAUCAAGCAGAAGGCGGUUGUCGACAAGCUCGUCUCGAAGUUCCCUGCCGCCAACUUCACGGUGAUGCUGUUCCACUACGACGGCGUGGUUGACCGGUGGCGAGACCUGAGGUGGUGCGACUGCGCGAUCCACGUCGCCGCGCGCGACCAGACCAAGUGGUGGUUCGCCAAGAGGUUCCUGCACCCGGACCUGGUCGCCGAGUACGAGUACAUCUUCCUCUGGGACGAGGACAUCGAGGUGGACAGCUUCGACCCACUCGAGUACCUACUCAUCGUGAGGAGGGAAGGGCUCGAGAUCUCGCAGCCGGCGCUCGACCGCCGGUCCGAGAUUCACCACCAGAUCACGGUCCGGACGAAGAGAGGGGACGUUCACAGGCGAUUCCGCAAGACGAACGGGCAACGCAGGUGCUACGGCAACAGCACGGGCCCGCCAUGCACGGGGUGGGUGGAGAUGAUGGUGCCGGUGUUCUCGCCGGCGGCGUGGCGCUGCACGUGGCACAUGAUCCAGAACGACCUCGUCUACGCGUGGGGGCUCGACUUCAAGCUCGGAUACUGCGCGCAGGGCGACCGGAUGCGCAACGUCGGCGUCGUCGACAGCCAGUACGUGCUCCACCGGGGCAUCCAUACGCUCGGCGACGGCGGCAAGGCAGCGUCUGCGCCGGCUCCAUCUGACCGGUACGCGGUGAGGCAGCAGGCGAACGUCGAGCUGCAGGUGUUCAACAGGAGGUGGAGGGAGGCGGUAGCAGAGGACGGGUGCUGGACUGACCCUUACCCGAAGCCGGUGACCAACGGCUGACUGACCGACCAAUGCGUCGCCGGCGGGACGGUAGGGCGCAGGGAAGUACACUUGUCGGUAGCUAUCACGUUGACCUUGUGUCCUUGUCUAGAUUAUAGAUCGACACCAUAUUUACAGUUUAUGGGCUGAUCAGAGCUCCACAUGUGUUGUACAGAUUACACAGAAGUCACAAUAACUGUACGGCCGUGGAAUUUUGAU